UGCUUUAGCUAGCUCGGGCGUGCAUUCCCGCUCGCCGACUACUUCGUACUGUUAAAACUACCCCUCGCCCCCUAAUUCCCCAUCAUCUUUGCUAGCCGGCUUGCCCAUUGCCUUUCGCGUGCAUUUUUGUUACAGACCAAACCAGACCAAAGCGAGAGCCAGCACCAGCGCUUGGGCUGUCAUCUUUCAGCCCUACACAACCCGAACGACCCCGCCGCGCUCGUUCGCCAGCAGAAAAUCUUCCCCUUCACAACCUCCACCGUCCGCCAGCCGCACUCUGACAGCCGACCACGACUCCUUGUCCAGCUCAAUCCCGAUCACCGAUACCCUAAAGCAUACAUAUCUGCCCGCGGCCUCCCCGAUCCUCGGCUCCGUCUCCGCGUGCGCGACGACAGAACAAACAUGUCUUACUACCCAGGCCAGAACUUCCACGGCGCCCAAGGCAAUUACGGCGCGUCGUAUCCACAGAACUUCAACCAACCCCCUCCUCAAGGCUAUCCUCAACAGGGCUAUGGUGCUCAACCACCGCAGCAGUAUGGCGGAUACCAACCUCCUCCCUCUUCACAGCCGCCAUACAGUGGAGGCUACGGCCAACCGACGCCUUCACAGCAGUACGGGUAUCAACAGAGCCCGCCACCUCAGCAAUAUGGGGGAUAUCCGCCGCCAAACCAAGGCCCCCCGCCACAGGGCGCUCCUCCACAGCAAUACCCCCGACCCGGCAUGAUGCCCACAGCCACCAGCAACCAAUGGACACAUGGCAACCACAACGCGCCGCCUCCACCCCCGUCUACACCCCAAAAUUUCGGCCAUGGCGCGCCCCAAGGCUACUCCUUCCAGUACUCGGCCUGCAACGGCCGGAGAAAAGCUCUGCUGAUCGGAAUUAACUACUUUGGCCAGAGGGGCCAGCUGAGAGGGUGUAUUAAUGACGUGAAGAAUAUGAGCACGUAUCUCAAUGGCCAUUUCGGGUACAAGAGGGAAGACAUGGUGAUUCUGACCGACGAUCAGCAGAAUCCAAUGAGUCAGCCGACAAAGGCGAAUAUCUUAAGGGCAAUGCAUUGGUUAGUUAAAGAUGCUCAGCCUAAUGAUUCGCUGUUUUUCCACUAUUCAGGACACGGCGGCCAGACCAAAGACCUAGACGGCGACGAAGACGACGGUUACGAUGAAGUCAUCUACCCCGUCGACUUCCGCACCGCCGGCCACAUCGUCGACGACGAAAUGCACCGCAUCAUGGUCGGCCCUCUCCAACCAGGCGUCCGACUAACUGCUAUCUUCGACUCAUGCCAUUCCGGUUCAGCCCUCGAUCUCCCAUACAUCUACUCUACACAAGGCAUGCUCAAAGAGCCCAACUUGGCCAAGGAAGCUGGCCAGGGUCUUCUGGGUAUUGUGUCGAGCUAUGCACGCAAAGAUAUCGGCGGCAUGAUCAGCAGUGCCAGUGGGUUGUUCAAGAAGGUUACAUCUGGAAACGAUGUGUACCAGAAGAACUUGAGGACGAAGACGAGCCCCGCAGAUGUGAUUAUGUGGAGUGGUAGCAAGGAUACACAGACUUCCGCGGACGCAUCCAUUUCCGGCGAAGCCACAGGCGCCAUGUCGUGGGCCUUUGUCACCAGCUUGAAGAAGAACCCUAACCAGAGCUACGUCCAGCUUCUGAACUCCAUUCGAGAUGAGCUCGAGGGAAAGUAUAGCCAGAAGCCACAAUUGAGUUGCAGUCAUCCGUUGAACGUCGACCUCCUCUAUGUCAUGUAGAUAGAUACACACCAAGCUACUGAUUGAUACCAUCCGUUUAACGCUGUCCUAAGAGCAAAGAAAGGGAAGGGAAAUUAUCUGGUUUUGGAUGAAAGGGUUGGAUGAUGGAAGGCAAGGAUUAAUCGGGAAUAAAGGGCAUACUAAAAGAAAGAUCAUUGCGUUUACGGCUGAUGAACGGCUGAAAUUAUGCGAGUGUGUGUGUUUGCGUGUAUGUGCAUGUGUAUGCAAUGCAUUUCAAUUGUACAUACUUGGGUCGGGUCGCUAAUGAGGGGUGGAAUUCACUCUUGGAUAAGUACUUAUUAUGAAUGAGGGAUGGUUUUGCGUGCUUGAGAUUUGGAUAGGAGAGGAAAAUUCAUUAGACACUUUCAAU